UGCUAUCUAUGUUCAUUAUAUGCUCCAAGGCCCAUUGAGCCUAACUAGCUUUCUGGAUCAGAACCUAGCCUUUGGCUAACCCAACCCACAAUUGACAAAUUACGGAAGAGUAGCUGGUCAGGCAGUUUAACAAUCAAGCGCGCGAAAACCGCCACGAAAGAUUUAGAGGGAAUGACUUGCAAGUAAGCCAUUUAUAAUUACAUAAAUCACCUGCUCCCAUAUGAAUGGGUUUGCCGUUUUCGUUAGGCAAUCCGCAACUCUAGCGAAUUUUCCAAUAUUCAACUUAUUAACCCCACAAUUCCACGCUUUUCUUUUAUUCCUUUUCCAUGGAAACAGCACCAACCAAUAAAUCCCAAGCAAUUUCAAAUUUUCCUUUCUUGAUUUUUAUCAUCCUCAUGUUCCGAUUCGAUACUCCAUUUGUUUUUCACUUUCCCAAAAUUCAUUCUAAUUGACCAACUCAUUUCGUUAAAUUUUUUUUUUUUUUCAAUAAUAAUGAAGAGGUAUUUUUCUAAUUCCAAAUCAACCCGGAUUUCAGAAUCGCAGCAACAACAGCAACAGCCACAACUCGUUUUUGAAGACUCGGCCUCCGCUAUGACGACAUCAGGCGAAGCAAACGACAGAGGACACGAGCCAUUGUCGGCUGUCGUUGCGGCGUUUGAAGAUCUAGCGAAGCGUCUGAAAUCUAUUACGGAUGGAGAUGAUAAAGGAGGAGAGCUUCGAUUGGAUACGUUCUGUGAUGCGUGUUCUUUGGUCUCUGUUUUAUUUAGCUGCCUUGGUCUUGCUUUCAAAUUUGCCGAGUCCGAGUAUGUUGCCAAGGUUUGCAGUCUUGUGGAAGCAUCAAAACGACAUAACAGUUUACAAAAAGUGCUCGAUUCAGAUGUCGCGAAUGGCACAGUGAGAACGCCAGGCAGUCAUUCGCGUAACUUACGGCGAGUCAGGCAGGGUCUUGACCUUAUCAGAGCUUUAUUUGAGCAAUUUGUGUCAACUAAUGAUUACUCUUUAAAGGAUGCAGCUACGUCGGCUUAUUCGCAAGUUUGUGCACCAUACCACACAUGGGCCAUCAGAACAGCCGUUUAUGCCGGAAUGUAUACUCUCCCUUCAAGAGAACAACUUCUGCAAAAGCUCAACGAAACUGAUCACUCUGCAGAGAAGAAAAUGAGAAAGUACAUCAAGGCCUCACUUCCAGUCAUAGAAUACAUUGAUAAGCUUUAUAUUGCUAGGAAUAUCAGCUUGGACUGGUAAAUUGUACCUGUCUGGAAAAAUCGAGCAUUUCACAUUGCAUCAACUUGUAAUUGACUGUAGUUACACGAUAUUAGCUUCAACCUAACUGUAGUCACAUAUUCCUUAUGAGACCAUCACCUGUCAAUAAUUAUAUUAAUAGAUUUGCACAGAAGUAUUACAACACCUUUUUUCUUA